UAUCCGACCAUUGCCUAACCCCCCCACCUCCGCUUUCCUUUCUUUUACCUCAAAAAAAUGCGAAUUUCACCGGUGAAAAUCCCACCUUCUCGCCUAAAACUCCUCCUCAUAAUCGUUUUCGCAACCUUCACUUUUUACCUCCUCAACCGCCACCACUCCCUCCUCCACUGCCCUUCUUCUCCCACCACCGCUUCCGACCUCUUCAUCCACCAACAAUCUGUCUCCACAACCACCACCACAACAACCACCUUGCACCACCUUUUCUUCUCUGUCGCUUCCUCCGCCUCCUCCUUUCCCCGUCGCCUCCCCUUCCUCUCUCUCUGGUACUCGCCCAAUUCCACCCGCGCCAUCCUUUUCCUCGACAAAGCCCCCCUCCGCUCUCUCUCUCCAUCACCCCCUCUCCCCUUCUUCGUCUCCGCUGACACCUCUCGCUUCCCUUACUCCUUCCACCGCGGCCACCGCUCCGCCGUCCGGGUCGCCCGCGUAGUCAAGGAGGCUGUCGACCGUAGUGAAAGCAAUGUCCGUUGGUACGUCUUCGGUGACGACGACACCGUCUUCGUCCCCGAUAAUUUGGUUUCCGUUUUAUCUAAAUAUGAUCACGAGAAAUGGUACUAUAUUGGCGGAAUUUCCGAGAGUUUGGAGCAGAAUUUAAUUAUGAGUUUUGGGAUGGCUUAUGGUGGGGGAGGGUUUGCUAUUAGCUCCCCAUUAGCUAGGGCUUUGAGCAAGGUUUUGGACUCUUGUUUGAUGCGUUACCCGCAUUUGUACGGGAGUGAUCAUCGGAUUUCCUCUUGCAUUUACGAGCUCGGUAUCGAGUUAACUCAUGAACCCGGGUUUCAUCAGGUUGAUGUUAGAGGAGACUUGUUCGGCCUGCUUACUUCUCAUCCUCUGUCACCUCUAUUAUCUCUUCAUCAUUUGGAGAUUGUGGAUCCUAUUUUUCCUCGCAAGAACCGGACAGAGGCAGUGCAGCACCUUUUCAAAGCUGUGCGUGCUGACCCUGGUAGAAUUUUGCAGCAAACUGUUUGCUAUGACCACUCAAGUAAUUUGACUGUUUCCGUUGCUUGGGGCUAUGCUGUUCAAGUAUUUGAAGGCCAUCUACUUCUCCCUGAUAUUCUUGCAUCACAGAGAACUUUUACACCGUGGAGAAGGCGUGGCAUCAAUAUAGCAAGCCAAUAUGUAUUUGACACAAGGCACUAUCCUCAGGAUCCAUGUAAUAGACCCGUGGUUUUCUUUUUGGAAGAUGUUGCUUCUGGGACAGGAAGAGUCUGGAGCAAAUAUAGACGAAACAUUACUCGUAGCUGCUCUCGACCUGAUGCUAUUGAGAACCUGAAAGAUAUCAAAGUGUUUGCCAAAAAGCUACAACACAACGUUGGACAGGUGAUGGCACCCCGUCGUGAAUGCUGUGACAUAAUACAUCCAUUUAAGAAAUCAAUGGUCAUUGACAUCAGACAUUGUGGCUUUAAUGAGUUGAUAGCCAUGAAUGCAUAGCACCAGGAGCAACUGAUGACUAGCUUGUUCCGUGUGUUUAAGUUCUGGUGGUGGGAAAUCAUGAAUAGCUGCUUUAUGAAAUACAGUUUGAUUGCAUCAUAAAGUCAAGAUGACUGGAACAGAUUGAUCGUGAAGGAUUGCAGUUAGAAGUUAAAGGAGCUCAAGUGUUACCGUUUAGUCUUUGAUAACAGUUGUACAGUUGUAAAUAGAUCACAUAGUAAUUGAGUUGUAAUAUUUUGAGUUUUGUAAGCCUUAGCACUUGACAAUGUGGUCAAGUGUGGCGGUGAUACCUCCGAUUUAGGUGUAAGCUUCCGCAUAUUUUUAUAAAGUCUUUUAUAUUCUUAUUUA